AUGGCUUCCGGAAGCAUGUGGCUGCUCCUCCUGCUGAGCUGUGCGGCCAGCACUGAGGUCGUGGGUGGCGUCAUCCUGAGACCCAGCUGUGCUGCAGGGUGGUUUUACAACAGAGCCAGUUGCUACGGAUACUUCCGGAAGCUGAGGAGCUGGUCUGAUGCUGAGCUCGAGUGCCAGUCCUAUGGAAAUGGAACCCACCUGGCGUCCAUCCUGAACGCAAAGGAGGCCAGUGUCAUAGCCAAGUACAUAAGUGGCUUUCAAAGAAACCAGCCUGUCUGGAUCGGCCUGCGUGACCUGCAGAAGAACCAGCGUUGGCAGUGGAUUGAUGGGACCACGUAUGUGAAUGGAUCCUGGGCUGGCCAGCCCCAGGGUGAGAACAAGCACUGCGCUGAGGUGAACCACAGAAACAGGUUUUUAACUUGGAACAGCAAUGAAUGCAGCCUGCGCCAACACUUCCUGUGCAAGUACCAACCUUAGAGCGAGAAUCAAGAUUCUGCCAAGCCUGGCACAGGCCCAUCUCCUCUUCCUUCUCGGCCACGCUGGCUAAACUGCUGUAUCUCUGAGA